GAAAGCUUCAGCGGGCUACUGCAGGGACAGAAGAGGGGAAUACGUGGGCUGCGGGCCGGGCCUUAGUCUGUGGAGCGAGGGUUGCUUGCAGACUGAACUCUGCACUUCCACCUACAUAAGAAACUGAAGAGAAGCAUCAGCAAGAUGCACACGGCUGACAGCGCGGAGGCCGAGCCGGAGCCGUCUAUCGGGACCAUAGAGGCGGAGUUCGUGACACAGCAAGACGAGGGCCUUGAGGACGAAUUGGAGAGACUGGUGGAUGAGAAUGAAGAUCUAAAGAUGGAGAUCGAGGAGAUGAGGACGGAGAUGGACGAGAUGCGUGACACCUUCUACGAGGAGGACACGUGCCAGCUGCAGGAAAUGAGGCGUGAACUGGAGCGAGCCAAUAAGAACUGCCGGAUCCUCCAGUACCGGCUGCGGAAGGCUGAGAGGAAGAAGCUGCGCUAUGCCCAGACGGGAGAGAUCGACGAGGAACUACUGAGGAGCCUGGAGCAGGACCUGAAGGUAGCGAAGGAUGUGUCUGUGAGACUGCACCAUGAGUUGGAGAAUGUGGAGGAGAAACGCACAAAGACAGAGGACGAAAACGAGAAACUGAGGCAGAAACUCAUCGAGGUGGAGGUGACCAAACAGGCCCUUCAGAAUGAGCUGGACAAAGUCAAAGAGUCUCAGAAGAGAAGAGGAAGCAAGGAGGUCCAAAAGUCAGACAAGAAGUCUGCCCAGACCCCAACAGAGGAUGACAACGAUGAUCUCAAGUGCCAGCUGGCCUUCAUCAAGGAAGAGGCUGUAUUGUUGAGGAAGAAGACAGCUAAGAUCGACAAGGAGAAGGACCGGCUGGAGACGGAGCUACAGAAGUACCGCUCCUUCUAUGGGGACCUGGACAGCCCACACCCCAAGGGUGAGGCCUGGGGACCCCCCACCACCCGUGAGUCCGAGCUGAAGCUGCGUCUGCGCCUGGUGGAGGAGGAGGCUAACAUCCUGGGGAGGAAGAUCGUGGAGCUGGAGGUGGAGAACCGGGGUCUGAGGGCGGAACUGGACGACCUAAGGGGUGAAGGGGAGGGAGAAGGCGGGUCCGGUGGGGGGGCUGUGGGUGGGAUGGGGGCGGGCCGGGCCCAUGGGGAGGCUAUGACAGAGCUGAGGCAGCAGCUGCAGCUGGUGGAGGACGAGGCAGAGCUCCUGAGGAGGAACCUGGCCGACGCUGAAGAUCACAACAAGAGAGUGACGGGAGAACUCAACAAGCUCAGGUUUAAGGCCGGGACCCACGAGGGAGGGGCAAGGCAUGGAGGAGUGACGGCAGGAGGAGUAUGUUCGGAGAAGGCAGAGGCACUGCAGGAGGAACUGAAGACGGCCCGGCUACAGAUUAAUGAUCUCAGUGGGAAGGUGAUGCAGCUGCAGUAUGAGAAGCGUGUUCUGCUCUCCAACAUGCAGCGCUACGACCUGGCCUCCCACCUGGCCCUAAGGGGGGGCAUCAGCCCUCGGGACAGCGAUGCAGAAAGUGACGCAGGAGGGAUCGGACCAAGCGGGCGCCGCGAAAGUGAUGAUGACUCCUCCUCCUCUCGCCUCCAGCCCCCGCACCGCAAACGCGAGGGCCCAGUGGGCGGGGAGAGUGACUCGGACGAGGUGCGGAACCAAACCCGCUGCCUCACGCCUACCCGGGGUCUCUAUACCCCACCCCCUGAGACCGCCGGCCGCUUCCUGCCCCGCAACCUACAGGAUCGCCAGCAGAUGAUUGACAUUCGAGUGGAGGCGGAGCGUCUUGGCAGGACCAUCGACCGGCUCAUCGCCGACACGGCAACUAUAAUCGCAGAGGCACGGGUGUACGUUUCCAACAGCGACCUGUAUGGGCGGGGUGAGGAGGAGGAGGAGGGUGGGAGGAUCAGGGAGCAUGAGCUGCUGUACAGGAUCAAUGCCCAGAUGAAGGCCUUCAGGAAGGAGCUACAGGGCUUCAUAGACAGACUGGAGGUGCCCAAACCUGAGGACAGGGAGGAGGAACCACUGUCGAUGUUUCAGCCCAUCAUUUUACUCAUCCUCAUUCUAGUCUUAUUCUCCUCCCACUCCUAUGCCACCAUCUUUAAACUUGUCUUUCUGUUUACCCUUUUCUUCGUCCUGUGAUCCCGCCUCCCUCAAUAGCAUAGCCACAUCCUUUGUUUGUUUUUUUUUGUGCUAUUUUUUUAAACAUUUGUUGCCAAGGUCACCGAACAGGAGCCUCCCUCUUCAAGCACAGGUCACAGUCACAUAACAGGAUAUAUGCUUAGGUUCAACACUGGAGACUACAUUUCCCAAC